GCCAGCUUUAGGGUCACAGCUGCGGGACCCGCGAGGAGCCCUGGAGAGCACGGAGCAAGGAUUGCGCAAGGCACAGCGCGGCCGAGGUGGAAGCUGCUAUUGAGCCCUGAACGGAGGCAACCCGAUCCGGUCCAGUGCAAGCAUGUCCUUUAUCCCCGUGGCCGAGAACUCGGACUUCCCCAUUCAGAACCUGCCCUACGGAGUCUUCUCCACCCCCGAGAACCCAAGACAAAGAAUUGGUGUGGCAAUUGGAGACCAGAUAUUGGAUCUCAGUGUGAUUAAGCACCUCUUCACUGGACCUGUCCUUUCCAGUCACCAGGAUGUCUUUGAGCAGCCAACUCUUAAUAGAUUCAUGGGCUUGGGUUAUGCUGCUUGGAAGGAAGCAAGAAUGUACCUGCAGAACCUGCUUUCAUCUGCGAAAGCAACUUUGAGAGAUGAUGCUACUCUACGGAAACGUGCAUUCACACCCCAGGCCUCUGCCACAAUGCACUUGCCAGCCACCAUUGGAGACUACACCGACUUUUAUUCUUCUCGACAACAUGCUACCAAUUGUGGAAUCAUGUUCAGAGGGAAAGAAAAUGCUUUGAUGCCUAACUGGCUGCACUUGCCGGUGGCUUAUCACGGCCGAGCUUCCUCUGUUGUGGUAUCAGGAACACCAAUCCGAAGACCUGUGGGACAGUUGCGCCCUGAUGAAACCAAACCUCCGGUACAUGGUGCUUCCAAACUUUUGGACUUUGAAUUGGAAAUGGCAUUCUUUGUAGGCCCUGGAAACAAACUUGGAGAGCCAAUUCCCAUUAACAAAGCCCAUGAGCAUAUUUUUGGAAUGGUCCUCAUGAACGACUGGAGCGCUCGGGAUAUCCAGAAGUGGGAAUACAUUCCUCUAGGGCCAUUCCUGGGGAAGAGCUUUGGCACAACCAUCUCUCCAUGGGUGGUGCCCAUGGAAGCACUCAUGCCCUUCACAUUGCCAAAUCCAGUUCAGGAUCCUAAGCCUCUGCCUUACCUCUGUCAUGAAGAGCCCUAUACCUUUGACAUCAACCUCUUUGUUGCCUUGAAAGGGGAAGGAAUGAACCAACCAGCUACAAUAUGCAGAUCUAAUUUUAAGCACAUGUACUGGACAAUGAAGCAGCAGCUUGCUCACCACACUGUCAAUGGCUGCAACCUCCAACCUGGGGAUCUCUUGGCAUCUGGGACCAUCAGUGGGCCUAAUCCUGAAAACUUUGGGUCCAUGUUGGAAUUAUCAUGGCAGGGAACUAAAGUCAUUGAUCUUGGGAAUGGACAGACCCGAAAAUUUCUGCACGAUGGAGAUGAAGUCAUCAUAACAGGAUACUGCCUCGGUAAUGGUUACAGGGUUGGAUUUGGCCAGUGCACUGGAAAGGUACUCCCAGCAUCUCUGGUGUUAUAAAAGUUUCACAUCUGACCUAAAGAUGAAAUAAAAAGAAUUCCAGUCUAUCUUCCAA